CUUACCCUUACAUUCUACUUUCAUUUUGCGUUUGUCUUUUCUGAGAAAAUAACUGGAUGAACUUGGAAUGGAAGGUUGCUAUAAUUUCAAUCAUAAGGAGAGAGGAAUUGCCUUACUGAUCCAUAAUGAAUAUUUCUUGAGGUCCUCUGAAUAUAAGGAUAGACCUGGUGAUAAUAGGGAUUAUAAAAGGAUGAAGAAAAUCUUUAAAACAAUGGGCUUCAAAGUGUGCUCCUUCAGAGAUCAAACGGCAAAAGAAAUGUUGCAAUUAGCUGAUGAAGUGGCUGGAAUGGAGAAAGAACACAGGGAAUCUGAUUGCUUUAUUUGUGUUGUGGCAUCACAUGGUGUGGAGGCACAGAAGGACACUGGUGUCCACAGUCGAUCACAUGACAGGGAACAUAUGAUUGUGGGGGUUGAUGGGAAAGAAAUGAGUACAAGUGAUUUUGUGGAAAAAUUUGAGGAAGAAAACUGUGAAGGUUUACAAGGCAAACCCAAAUUUUUCUUUAUUCAGGCAUGCAGAAUAGGAAGAUAUCGAGGCAGUUCUGAAGGAAUGGAUAAAGGAAUGGAGGUUGGAAUCACAUCAGAGGAAAACAUGGAGAAAAAGAAGAAAAAGAAGACAAAAGGCAAACAUAUGGUAGAUGGUUCAGUUCAGGAACCAGAUACAAUUGAGAAGCAAGAUUCUGAAGAUGGAACAUUUGAUGUAUCAGAUGACAGUGAAGUAUAUGAGGAAGACGUACAGACAUCAGAUACAGAUGAUGAUGAAGACUUUGCAGAGUUGAGAGCCAAAUUGCAAAAAGUUGCUGCAGAUUUGUCAAAAGAAAGUCAUCCAAAACAGAGAUUAGAAUCUGAAAAGAGGAUACAGAGAAAAAAAAGAGAGGAAGUGGAUGCUAAAGGAAUAAUGCCAGAUGAGGACAGUGUUAGUGUCUGUGUAGCUAGUGGUUUUCCCAAGAUAGAUGUGCCUGUGAAUGUUAAAACAGAUCAGCAAAUUGUUUCUAUAGAUAAAACAAAACCAUCAGCAUGUGACAAGUCUUCGUUACAACUUUAUGAUAAAAAGUUGUUAACAAAAAAUGACAGUCAACCAUCAAAUGACGAAGUAGAUGCCAAAGGUUCUAAACCUUCUGUGAGGAGAGUUGAUUAUGUUGUUCCCAUGGUUACAGUAGUACCCUGCCCAGAAGAUACACUCAUUAUGUUUGCUUCAACAUCAGGAAAUUUUGCUGUUCGAAGCCCUGCAGCUGGUAGUUGGUUACUCAACAAGCUUUACCAGCAGCUAAAGGUUUAUACAAAAGAUCUGGAAAAGUUUCAGAAAAUCGACUUCCUAAAUAUUUUGACAGAGAUUUUAACCUGUAUGAGUUUGGAAACAUAUAGCCCUGGAGAAAAGAGUAAUACAAAACAUUUAGAAGGACAGUUUUCUCCCGGUUGCAUCAUUCAUUGUCUAACAGAACAAGUAUUUUUUACAAAAAAGCAAUCAAAAAGAACAUUUUCAUUUUUGAAACUCUUCAAAAGAUCUUAAUAGUGAUAAUUUUUGUUGUUCUAUAUUUGAUAUUUAGUUGGUUUAAAUACUCACUGGUAAAUCUGGCUGGUUUUAUUUGUAAGUAGAUUAUUGGGAACUUUAGAUAAAAUCUUUCAAACCACAUCAUUUCCAUUUAAAUUUUAUAUCCAAUGAGUCAAUGCAUAUAAAGUUGACUUGUGGUGAUCAGAGUAUCAUCAGACUCCUUUAAAUAUUUACCAUUAAGUAAACCUAUCAUAUAAGAGGAAUUUUAUAAUCUAUCAGACAUUCAAAUCAUCAAAGGCAGGCCCGUAGCCAGGAAUUUCCAAGGGGGGUUCGUUGGACUCACAAACUCGUC